AUGUAUUUCUCUAUUUUUGUCGGUCAAAAUGGUUUCUUUCCUAAUUGAAUGUGUAAACAUCAUAUAAUCAUAUCCACGCCUGCUUUCGUCUUCCCAUCUUUUUCCUCAUUGUUUAAAGUCUCCUUAGAUCAGUCAGCAUCAUCAUUAAAUAACUACAACUCGACAAGACGCUGGCAAGAAGAUAGCCAAUCACGUCGUAAUCUUGUGUCGCGUAAGGCAAAUAUAUAAUGCAAUUCUCGCACUCACUGAUAAACAAGAUGCCCCUAAACAUGAUUGCAGGCUUGGAACCUCUUCAAAUCUCCAUUGCAGUGGCCUUGCUUUCUGUUGCCGUUAUUUCUGCAGCCUUGCUGCGCUUCCUGGUCGGAAAGUUGCAGGGCGGCGAGGAUGGGAGGAAGAAGACGGCGGCGAAGAAAUACCACCCGGUUGGCGGCACUGUUUUCCACCAGCUGAUCAACUUCCAUAGGCUGCACCAUUACAUGACGGAUCUCGCCGGAAAGUACAGAACUUACCGGCUAAUCAGCCCUUUCCGGAAUGAGAUUUAUACCUCCGACCCGGUUAACGUUGAGUAUAUUCUCAAAACCAACUUUGACAACUAUGGCAAGGGGGGUCACAACUAUACCAUUCUGAAGGACUUGUUAGGAGAUGGGAUUUUUGCAGUUGAUGGUAUUAAGUGGAAAGAGCAGAGGAAGUUAUCGAGCCACGAGUUUUCUACAAGAGUGUUAAGAGAUUUUAGCAGUGUGAUCUUUAGAAGAAACGUUGUGAAGCUUGCUAACAUUUUGUCUAAAGUUGCAGAUUUCAAGAACACAGUUGAUAUCCAUGAUUUGUUCAUGAAAUCGACUUUAGACUCGAUAUUUAGAGUUGCGUUUGGAGUUGAACUGGAUAGCAUGUGUGGUUCGAGUGAAGAAGGCGCCAAGUUCAACGCCGCGUUUGAUGAUGCAAGUGCAAUGACACUUUGGAGAUAUGUUGAUAUCUUUUGGAAGCUCAAAAAGGCUCUCAAUAUUGGGUCAGAAGCCAAGUUAAAGAAAAGUAUCCAAAUCGUUAAUGACUUCGUGUUCAAGCUAAUUCAAAGCAAGAUCGAGCAAAUGCAUAAUGCCCGGGAUGAUUCCUCAUUGAGCUGGAAGAAAGAAGACAUUUUAUCGAGGUUUCUACAGUUGACUGAGACAGAACCAAAGUACUUGCGAGAUAUAAUACUGAACUUUGUAAUUGCUGGCAAAGACACAACAGCAGUAACUCUAGCCUGGUUUAUAUAUAUGCUUUGCAAGCAUCCACUCGUACAGGAAAAAAUCGUGCAAGAGAUACAAGAAGCAACAAAGACGGCAGAUGCAAGAAACUUUGCUCAUUUUGCUGCCAAUUUGAGAGAAGAAGCCCUGGAGAAUAUGCCAUACCUUCAUGCUGCAUUGACUGAGACUCUCAGGCUUUAUCCUGCAGUUCCUGUGGAUGCAAAAAUAAGUUUUUCAGACGACACGUUACCGGAUGGGUUUAGUGUGAAGAAAGGUGAUAUGGUGGCUUACCAACCAUAUGCAAUGGGGAGAAUGCGGUUUAUAUGGGGCGAUGAUGCAGAAGAAUUUAAGCCCGAGAGAUGGCUAGACGAGAAUGGCUGUUUCAGGCCUGAGAGCCCCUUCAAAUUGACAGCUUUUCAGGCUGGGCCGCGGAUAUGUCUGGGAAAGGAGUUUGCGUACAGGCAAAUGAAGAUCUUCUCUGCAGUUCUUUUACGGUUCUUUGGUUUCAAGCUGGCUGAUGAAAGGAAAGCUGUUAACUACAGGACUAUGAUCAAUCUUCACAUUGACGGGGGAUUACAAGUUCGUGUUUUUCACAGAUUGAGCGACUAAUGGCAAAACGGCAAAUUUUACUGUGAACCAUGGUUCAAAACGAUUAAAAGAAACAUCACCCGUUUCGUGUAAUUAGUUACAUUGGCUAUGUUUAGUAAACUUAGUUGAAAAGUAUCUGAAAAGUUAUAAAAUAAAAGGUGAAACUGAAGAGUUGUUAAGCUAGUUGAUUAUGCUUAAAACUAUGCAUAUAUGAGUACAAGA